AGCCUACAGGGAGGAGGUGAGUGCCCUCGGAGUGUGGUGUCAGGAAAACAACCUCUCACUCAACAUAAAAAAAACAAAGGAAAUGAUUGUGGACUUCAGGAAACAGCGAAGGGAGCACCCCCCUAUCCCCAUCGAUGGGACAGCAGUGGAGAAGGUUUGUCGGUGUACAUAUCACCGACAAACUGAAAUGGUCCACGCACACAGUGUGGUGAUGAAGGUGCAUCAGCACCUCUUCAACCUCAGGAGGCUGAAAAAAUGUAGCUUGUCACCAAAAACCCUCACUAACUUUUACAGAUGCACAAUGGAGAGCAUUCUGCCGGGCUGUAUCACCGCCUGGUACGGCAACUGCACCGCCCACAACAGCAGGGCUCCCCAGAGGGUGGUGCGGUCUGCACAACGCAUCACCGGGGGAAAACUACCUGCCCUCCAGGACACCUAGAACACCCGAUGUUACAGAAAGGCAAAACCUGAUCAUCAAGGACAAUAACCACCCGAACCACUAUCUGUUCACUCCACUUCCAUCCAGAUGGCGAGCCCCGUCUUGGCCAAUGCAUGCUGCUUUACAGCAUGAACACAGAAGUGUGGGCUCAUCUUCUAAUUCUGGCAAAUGAAAAUGGAUGAGAUUUCGAUGUCCAGCCUGGACAACAGCAAGCUGGAGGGCGUAGCUCAGGACAUCCUUUCUGACCUGGUGGAGGAUGCUUGUCUGGGCCUGUGCUUUGAGGUCCACCGGGCCGUCAAGCAGGGCUACUUUUUCCUGGAAGACACGGACCAAGAAACCAUGAGGGACUUUGAAAUUGUGGACCAGCCAGGAGUGGAUGUGUUCGGGCAGGUGUACAACCAGUGGAAGAACAAGGAGUGUGUCUGUCCCAACUGCAGCCGGAGCAUCGCUGCGUCACGCUUUGCCCCGCACUUGGAGAAAUGCCUGGGCAUGGGGCGCAACAGCAGCCGCAUAGCCAACCGCAGAAUAGUCACCGGCAACAACACUAACAAUAAAUCAGAGAGCGACCAGGAGGAUAAUGAUGACGUCAAUGAUAACGACUGGUCCUACGGGGCGGAAAAGAAAGCGAAGAAGAGAAAAUCAGAUAAGAAUCCAAACUCACCCAGGAGAUCCAAAUCAUUUAAACAUAAGAGUGGUAUGAUGGGCCCCAGACGGCGUAUGGACAACCAGGAGAGCCCACGCAUGCUGAUGAAAGACGAGGCCUUCCCUCAGUGACAGACACACAGGAAGACCAUUCAGAGUCCACCCUGGCUCCUUUUGUUUUUCAAUGGACCGUGACAGAUGUGUAGUAGACUAUUGCUAAAUGGGUCGUGUUCAUUAAGCACCACACUGAACAAAACUGACUGAUACAUGGAGGUAGUGACUGAACUUCUCCAAUAAGAAAUGCUUGUUUGUUUUUCCAUUGUGAAACGUUUUAAAAUGUUUUGUUACUGUGUGCCCUAAUGAACACAACACUGCUGAAGCAGUCCAGAGACCCCCUGCACAGUGUGUCUCUUCCGUUUUUCCCCUCCACCGAAACGUUGCACCAAUAAUCAUUAUUUUAUAUCAUACAUUAUUUUAUCGAUAGGUAGCUCUUGGCUGGCCUCUUUACGAAAUAUUGUGUUGAAAUAUUGUGUUAGAAUCUGUCAAUGCACAGAUAAGGAGUGAGGUCGUACAGUGGCUAGGCAGAGGCAGUCGAGGUCAGAGCAAUGGAUACUAAGGACCAUUUGAUUAUGCACUGACUUUUUGAUGAUAUUAUCAGUCAAGAAGUCUUUUCAACUAUCAUUUUUUUGACAAGAAUAUAAUUAUGAACAAAUGGACAGUUAAAAUCAGAAGUCGCACAACUUACAGGCAAUAAUAAUUAAUGGUUUGUCAUUUUAUUACUCCAUAUUCACAGUGUCAACAUCAUUAUUCUCCUACUGAUGAGUAUGCUGAAAGGACUCCCGUCACUUGUCAUAUACCUGUGGAAAUAGGUUUUGAAAUAAACUGCAAACUCCUUGCAGUAGAACAUGGGUUAAUCUGUUUCAUUGUAGAUGAGUAGUUAGUUAGGCUUGUUUUCUAGCAUUCAAAACAUUCUUUAUUAUUUGUUUACAUUGUAAAGGGUUAUAUGUGUCCUCAGUGUUGUGAUAGUGUAAAUAUUUAAAUAGUUGAAAUGCUGCUAUCAUGGCUUUGUAUUUGUUCAUCUGUCAAGUAAUAAACGAUUGUCAUCUGUC